AUGAAGAAACGGGUCAAGAUUAAGGGGGAGAAUGUUAGAUUUAAUCUUGACUUAUGGCACGCAUUUGGGAAAGAUCUUCCAAUUCAAGAGUAUAAAAAGGAAUCACAACAAGUUGUACAAUAUGCUGCUGGCCUUCCCUUGACAAUCAAAGUUUUGGGUUCAUUUCUGUGUGGUAAAGACAAGCCUGAAUGGGUGGAUGCAUUAGAAAGACUUAAAACAAUACCAUUGAAGGAGACUCUUGAAAAAUUGGAGUUAAGCUAUGCAAGUCUGGAGGAUGACUACAAAGAAAUAUUCCUUGAUGUUGCAUGCAUAUUGAAGGGGUGGGAGAAAAACAAAGCAAUAAGUAUGCUUGAAAGUUGUGGAUUUCAGGCUAGAAUUGGUUUAAGAGUUCUUGAGCAGAGAUCUCUAAUAACUUUUCAUGAUGUUGAUGAUGAUGUUAAUGAUCUUUAUUUGAGCAUGCAUGACCAUGUUGAAGAAAUGGGUAAGAAUAUCGUACGUCGUUUGCACCCGGAUGAGCCCAACAAACAUAGCAGAUUAUGGAUUCAGGAAGAAAUUGAAGAUGUGCUGGAUGAUGACUUGGGUUCUGAAGCAGCAAGGUGUAUACGUCUAAAGCUCACCCCUGAUCUUGUUUUGGAAGGUCUUGGAAACAUGAAGAAACUUAGAUGCCUUAUUAUUGAUGAAGUUAGUCUAUACUUUCCAAAUGCGUUACGAUACUUGAAAUGGCCCGGUUACCCUCAUGGGUGUUUACCAAAAACCUUUCAAGCAAAUAAUCUUGUUGAGCUUGACCUGUCUGGCAGCAAAAUCGAACAACUUUGGGUAGGGGGAAAGGUUCUUAAGAAGCUCAAAUCCAUUACACUCUCCCGCUCAAAGUUGAAGACCCUUGACCUUGGGUUGACUCCGAAUCUUGUGAGGUUAGAUCUUUCAUUUUGUAAUGAUUUGGUAGAACUUCAUGUGCCAGUUGGAUGCUUAAAAGGGCUUACGUACCUAAACCUCCAGCAAUGUAACCAGUUGAAAUCUGUUUCGUUUAUCAAGGAUUUGGAAUCACUUGAGUUUCUUAAUGUUAGUGACUUACAUCUAAAGGAGUCCGAGGGUAUAAUCCUGUGUCACUCCAACAGUAAUCUGCAAGAGCUUCGUUUUGAUGGCAAUGAUAUAGAAAACCUGCCUUUAUCAAUUGGAAAUCUACAUAAACUUGUUAUGCUAUCCUUCAAUAGAUGCGACAAACUCAAAAGUCUUCCAGGAAGCAUCUGUAGUUUACAUUAUUUAAGAGUUCUUUCUCUUGCAGAUUGUGGCAUAGAGGAAUUGCCUGAGGACAUUGGCCAGUUGGAGUGUUUAGAAGAGCUAGAUUUAAGACGUUCAAAAAUUAAACAUCUCCCGGAUAGCAUUUGUAAGUUGAAAUAUCUUAAAGCUCUCAUUCUAAGAUCUUGCAAUAUAAUAAGAGAUAUUCCACCCAGCAUUUGUAAGUUAAAACAUCUCAAGAAGCUUUACCUUUCUAAUUGUUCUGGACUUGAGAAACUACCAGAGAACCUAGGAGAUUUAGAAAGUUUGAUUACACUAGAACUAAGAUCAACCAAGAUAAGAGAUGUUCCAUCCAGCAUCUGUAAGCUAAAGCAUCUCAAAUAUCUUCUCCUUUCUAAUUGUUCUGGACUUGAGAAACUACCAGAGAACCUAGGAGAUUUAGAAAGUUUGAAGACACUAGAUCUAUCAUCAACCAAGAUAAGAGAUGUUCCAUCCAGCAUCUGUAAGCUAAAGCAUCUCCAUUAUCUUGGCCUUUCUAAUUGUUCUGGACUUGAGAAACUACCAGAGAACCUAGGAGAUUUAGAAAGUUUGGAAGAAUUAGAUCUAACAUCAACCAAGAUAAGAGAUGUUCCAUCCAGCAUUUGUAAGCUAAAGCAUCUUGAUUAUCUUGGCCUUUCUAAUUGUUCUAGACUUGAGAAACUACCAGAGAACAUAGGAGAUUUAGAAAGUUUGUAUACACUAGAUCUAACAUCAACCAAGAUAAGAGAUGUUCCAUCCAGCAUCUGUAACCUAAAGCAUCUCAAUCAUCUUCGCCUUUCUAAUUGUUCUGGACUUGAGAAACUACCAGAGAACAUAGGAGAUUUAGAAAGUUUGUAUACACUAGAUCUAACGGAUACUCCUAUAAGUCAUCUUCCCGAUAGCAUAUCUUUGUUGAAAGAUCUUAAAAUUACUGGAUACGAAAGAAGGAUUGAUCCAGAUGCAAUUCUAUUUCAAGAACAACAACAUAUUACAUUUGCUCCCAAAAGGAGAAGGGCCAAUACUGAAGCAACAACAAGCGAUGCAGGUGGCAAGGUUAAAGAACGAAAGAUGGAGGAUCACUAAUGAAACUUUGUGAAAGACUAGAGCGGAGAACAAGUGGAAGCUGGAGGGGCAUAUUGAAACUAGUCUUAAAUCCGUGUUCAAAACAAAGCUGGAUGAAUUGAAACAAAUUGUUUGGUUGUGAAUCAUUAAUUAUAGUUGCUUUAUUUGGUUCACUUGCUGGUGAUGUCGGGGCGGAUUCAAAAAAGGAAAAGGCAAGAUGGGUCUGAUUUUCUAAUAUCUCAUGUGCUCUACCGACUUUUGGCUUUUGGCUCUACAGUGGUCUAAUGAAGCAUUCUGAAAUGAGGUUCACCUGCAGCGUAGAACUCAUGAGGGUUUGAAGGACGAUAAU